AUGCCAGCCAGCUUCCCAGAGGGCAGCUCCUUGUCCACCUGGACGGUGCCAGGCCCAGAUCCUUCCUUGAUGGCUUGCACCGGGACAGUGGCCUUCACAGAGGAGGUGGAACAUGAGGAAGGGGGCUCCAUCUACUCCUCCUUUAGGACGGAGCAGCUGCUAACCCUGUGGGUGCUGUUUAUCAUCACCAUCGUGGGGAACUCUGUAGUGCUGUACUCCACGUGGAGGAAGAAGAGGAAGUCCAGGAUGACCUUCUUCGUGACUCAGCUGGCCAUCACAGACUCUUUCACAGGGCUGGUCAACAUCCUGACAGAUAUUAUUUGGCGGUUCACUGGAGAUUUCAUGGCGCCUGACCUGGUCUGCCGAGUGGUCCGAUACUUGCAGGUUGUGCUGCUCUACGCUUCUACCUAUGUGCUGGUGUCCCUCAGCAUAGACAGAUACCAUGCCAUUGUCCACCCCAUGAAGUUUCUGCAAGGAGAAAAACAAGCCAAGGUCCUCAUUGGGGUUGCCUGGGUCCUCUCCUUCCUGUUCUCCAUCCCUACCCUGAUCAUCUUUGGGAAAAGGACACUGUCCAAUGGAGAAGUGCAGUGCUGGGCCCUGUGGCCAGAUGACUCCUACUGGACUCCAUACAUGACCAUCGUGGCUUUCCUCGUGUACUUCAUUCCUCUGGUGAUCAUCAGUGUCAUCUAUGGCAUUGUGAUCCGAACUAUUUGGAUUAAAAGCAAAGCCCAAGAGAUGGUGAUUUCCAACUGCUCAGAUGGAAAACUCUGCACCAGCUACAGAGGAGGGGUCAUCUCAAAGGCAAAAAUCAAGGCCAUCAAGUAUAGCAUCGUCAUUAUUCUCGCGUUCAUCUGCUGUUGGAGCCCUUACUUCCUCUUUGACAUUUUGGACAACUUCAACCUCCUCCCAGACACUAAGGAGCGUUUCUUCGCCUCUGUGAUCAUUCAGAACCUGCCGGCCUUGAACAGCGCCAUCAACCCCCUCAUCUACUGCGCCUUCAGCGGCUCCCCCUGUGGCCCCUGCAGGGAUCAAAGGUCACAAGAUUCCAGAAUAACAUGCCGAGAGAAAAGCGAGAGGCACGAAAUGAAGAUUCUGUCCAAGCCAGAAUUCCUCUAG